CCCUCUUCCACAGUCUCUUUCUCACCAUCCUAUAAAUCAACCUACAACUGCUUCGAAUGCACAAAUAAAUUGUUUAUACUACCUGCUUCGUCCUGCCUGUGCUACAUGGGUGAUUCGCCCGCAGCAAUAUCUACAGCCUCUCCCUAGAAACACAACUGCUAUAGUACGACCUAUUCCCAUCAUUGCGCUGCUCUUGGCCUUGCUACAUCGACAACCGACCUGGGCCCUGGUUCGCUGUCGGUUGAUAAACAAGCGGUGACGUUGUAGUUGGUUAUAGCUGGCAAUCCGAAGGCAACAAAUAUGCCUGCUCCACCCUUCAAAGUCAAGGCCGUCUACGAAUAUACGUCCCCUCACGAAGACGACCUGCACUUUCCGAAUGGCCAAAUUAUAACGGUUACCGAGGAGGAGGAUGACGAUUGGUAUUCAGGGGAGUACGUGGACGCCGAGGGGGUCAAGCAGGAGGGCAUAUUCCCGCGGAAUUUCGUCGAGAAAUACGAACCGCAAGCUCCUCCGCGGCCUGUCCGUUCUGCACGACCGAAGAAAGAGGCCGAGCAAGCAGCACCUGUCCAACCCCCGGCGCCCGAACUGGUUCCAGCUCCGGUUGUUGCCGAGCCAGUCCCAGAGCCAGUCCCAGAGCCCAUUGUUGCCGAGACUCCAGUCGUAGUCGAGGAAGUCGUAAAGGCGACACCUUCAAAGAUUGAACCAUCCGCCCCUGCCGCGCCAAAACAGGUCGAGAAACCUGCCGCUCCUGCGCAAGUAGCACCUAGAGCAGCUGCCCCACCUGCGGCGAGAUCGCCCCCUGCAGAUGAAUCGGAUAAACCAACGGGGUCUUUCAGGGACCGUAUCGCCGCAUUUAAUAAGUCUGCCGCGCCUCCGCCAGCUCCAUUCAAGCCCGGUGGACUGGGUGGUGGCUCGAGCUUUAUCAAGAAGCCGUUUGUCCCGCCGCCACCGAGCAAGAAUGCCUAUAUCCCUCCCCCUCGCGAUACUCCCGUGGCAAAGAUUUACAGGAGAGAGGAAGACCCUGAGAUUGCCGCAAGGGAAACCGAGAACCAAGAGAGUGCGCAGAAAGCAGGACUCGCCGCGACUGGCCAAGAGGGCGAAGAGGAUCAGCCAAAGCCAACGAGCCUCAAGGAGCGCAUUGCCUUGUUACAGAAGCAACAGGCAGAACAAGCUGCCAGACACGCCGAUGCUGCACAGAAGAAGGAAAAGCCGAAGCGCCCCGCAAAGAAGCGCACCGACUCUCAGCCCGUAGGCGAGCAACUAGACGGCGAGGAAGUACCUCUCGAGAAGCAAGAGAGCCACGAGACAGUGGGUAGGCAAUCGAUCGAUUCUUCCAGAGAUGAAACUGCUCGCCAGCAACCCCAGAGACGCAAGUCAUCAAAGGGCCCACCUGUUAUUCCGGCUGCUGCUCUGGAGGCGGACGGAAACGAUGCUGAUAUGUCGGGAGCGGGCGACGAGACUGAGGAGCCUGAUACUGGAUUUGAAGAUUCGGAUGCCAAGCCGACUGUUAAAUCGCACGCGCCACCUCCACCGGCUCGUGGACCUGUUUUCCCAGCACACGAACCUGAUGUAGGCGAUGAGGAGGACGUUGCGAGCGAUAGAGAGGAAGGAGAGGAGGGCGAAGAUGAGGAGGAGGAGGAAGAGGUUGACCCUGAAGUUCGCAGAAAGGAGGAGAUCAGGGCUCGUAUGGCAAAAAUGAGUGGAGGCAUGGGCAUGCAUGGCAUGUUUGGUCCUCCCGGUGGAAUGCCUAUGCCAAUGCCGGGUGCAGGUGCGGCGCCGAAGAAGAAGAAGGCUGCUUCAGGCGAUUCACGGCCCUCUGGAGAAUACGGCUAUGAUGAGAGCAGCCCCACGAGCUCUCGUGCUCCUCAGGUUCCGAUCAUGGCUCUACCGGGUUUGUCCAAGGUCCGUACUCCGGAAGAAAUGCCUUCUGGUAUUGUGACAGGUACACAUGAGCCCGAAGAAAUCCCGGAUGUCGAAGAUACUGUUGGGGCUGUUGCGCCACCACCUUCAGAACGUCGCCCUGCCCCCCAACGAUCAUCGAUGAGUCACGAGAGUUUUAAAGCUCCGGCUGUGCCCGGUGGAAGGCCAGCACCACCGCCAGUGCCUGUUGAAUCUCGCCCUGCACCCGUAGCAACCGCGUUGUCUCCAAGUGCUGGGUCUAUAUCGGACGAUGAGUUAUCUACCCGGGUAUCAGCGCAAACACCAACAGGUGAAGCUCCACCCAAGCUAGCCGCGGCUCCGAGCCUUCCUAUUAGAGAGGAGAAACCAAUUCCUUCGGCGUUGUCAACGGCAAAAGCUGGGUCGUAUGAACCAAGCCCUGUAUCUCCUACCACACCUGGUGCAAACAAACGAGCGAGUCGUGUUCCACCUAUUCCUGGUUCCAGCCCUGUCGUCAGUUCUGGUCAGACCCGUGCUCCACCGCCCCCGCCGCCGACAGGUUCGCUGAGCCGGGCGUCAACUGGCGAUGCUAGGGUUGCGCCGGUGCCCACUACCAUUCAGAGCGAGGAGACAGACGAGGAGGUCACUGAAUAUGAGGGGGAUUAUGACACAGAUAUUGCCUCUACAGAGACGCAUAAAGAUGCAUUGAAAGCACAGGCUAGAGAGUCAAGCAUCGAUGAUGAGUCGGCGAGGUCUUCCUUUGGAUCCCCUGCCGGGCCACCUCCACCGCUGCCGCCAGUUGCGGCCCCUCGUGGCAUUCCCCCACCCCUCCCAUCGCAACCACCGCCACAUGCUCGCCAGUCUUUGGAUAUGCCACGGGCCGUGCCCCCACCGCCACCACCACCAAAGCAAGAGGCCUCGGGAGAUUAUGAUGAAGAGGAUGACGAGUACGACCCAUUCAAGUAUACGGCCCCGAAAACGGGUGUCCCUGUGAGCGCCGCGACAGUUAGAAAGGUCCAUGGUGAUGACGAAGACUUGUACUCGACUUCUCCUCCUCGACACGCGCCACCUCCUCAUGACGGGCGGGCUCCGCCUCCGCCACCUCCUCGUGACGCAGCCCCCCCUAUCUUACCCGCCGCUCCCAUUGCUCAGGCUGAGAGAGCCGCACCGCCCCCGCCACCCCGGGAGCUUGCCCCUACUCCAACUAAUAGAGCAGCGCCAAGACAAUCUGUGGAUGUACAACGAAGUACGGGACCAACACGGCGAUCGACCGAUUUGAACCGAAUGUCAAUGGACCAUGGUUUUAUCGCAAACGAUGUGGAUUUAGGGGAAGGCAGCUUAUGGUGGACCAACCCUAGUGGCGUGCCUCCAGCAUUCCAUGGGCGAAAGGACCUCCUACAUGAAUCCGAGGAGUCGACUGUUAGCAAACGAGGCGGGAAGUCUGUGACUACCAAAGAUCUUUACGUGUUAUUCCCCGACUAUUCACAAACCGUGGUCACUGUUCAGUUCGACCCUCAGAACCCAUCCGACGCGAUAUUCGAGCAGCGCCACGAGCAACCCCCUUCCCGCCUGCGCCAGGAUCAGCUGGAAGAAGCGCACGAGCGCUUCGGUAGCCGUAUCCACGACGCUGUGGUGGCCAAGAAGGAAGUUGUUGUCGCAGACGGCACCCCAGCCGGCCUAGUCGUUGAGCUUCUAAAGCCGUUUAAGGACGCCUUGCUUCCCAUUGGCGCACGAGCCUAUGGCGCCUUGGUCUACAGCAAUCUCGGGAACUCACUGACGUCCCAAUUCGACGAGAUCCGACCGGGCGAUAUCAUCACCCUGCGCAAUGCCAAGUUCCAAGGCAAACACGGCCCGAUGCAUGCCAAGUAUACGGCUGAAGUCGGGAGGGGCGAAGGCCACGUUGGUGUGGUCGCGGAGUGGGACGGGCCGAAGAAGAAGGUGCGUGCUUGGGAACAAGGACGGGAAAGCAAGAAGGUUAAGCUCGAGAGCUUUAAGUUGGACGAUCUCAGGAGCGGCGAGGUCAAGAUCUGGAGAGUCAUGCCAAGGAGCUGGGUGGGCUGGGAAGGCGAGAAUUCAAAGUGAGAUGCGCGUGUGGCAAGGCCACUAGGUAAUUAGCGCGCAGAUGGUGAUACGUGUAUUUAGUUCACUCUGCUAGUAGCAAUGUGCAUUUUAUGUCUUCUGAAAUAAGGCGAGGUUUAUUAGUGACGUUGCUUUUAUUAGUUGAGACAUCAGCUUGUGGCUUCGGAUUUAAUAUGAUCUACAAAACAUAUAUUGCACUACGGGACAAAGGACUGGCUUGGGUUGACUGAAAAGGCUGCCUUCCCGUGAAGAUGGAGACGAGGAGUACUGUAUUGCCAAAUGAUAUUCUAUUUAGUAUAUACUAUUGUACUCGACAGGUGGUGUAGUGCGG